UUGCAACAUUACAGCGAGUUGCCAGAUAUCAAACGUGUCAUUGUGAAUACCCAUGCAAUAGAGCCACAGUCUCUUGUGGAAUUUUUUGGGACUUUAUCACGGGAAUGGGCUCUAGAGUGCAUGAAGGAUCUUUUAUUGGUCAAUUUAAGAGGAAACCUUCAGAUCAUCGUCCAGGUUGCCAAGGAGUAUUGUGAGCAGCUGGGUGUUGAAUCAUGCAUUAAAAUUUUCGAACAAUUUAAAUCAUAUGAAGGCCUUUACUUCUUCUUGGGGUCGUAUUUGAGCUCAAGUGAGGAUCCUGACAUACACUUCAAGUACAUCGAGGCAGGUGCAAAGACAAGGCAAAUCAAGGAGGUUGAACGAGUAACACGGGAAUCAAAUUUCUAUGAUGCUGAAAAGACCAAGAAUUUCCUAAUGGAAGCCAAGCUUCCUGAUGCAAGGCCAUUAAUCAACGUGUGUGAUCGCUUUGGCUUUGUUCCAGAUCUCACUCACUACCUUUAUACCAACAACAUGCUUCGGUAUAUCGAAGGUUAUGUUCAGAAGGUCAACCCAGGGAAUGCUCCCCUAGUUGUCGGACAACUCCUAGACGAUGAAUGCCCCGAGGAUUUCAUCAAAGGUUUAAUCCUAUCCGUUCGAUCUCUUCUUCCAGUCGAGCCUCUUGUGGAUGAGUGUGAAAAAAGGAACCGACUUCGUUUACUAACUCAAUUUCUAGAACACCUAGUAAGUGAAGGAAGCCAAGACGUCCACGUCCACAACGAUUAUAUAAGGGAUGGAACAAACAUGUAUGAUUUCACAUAUGUUGAGAAUGUUGCACUUGCUCAUGUAUGUGCUGAAAGAGCUCUAGCUUCAGAUGGAUCUGCCUCAAAGAGAGCUGCAGAAGAGGCUUACUUUAUAACGAAUAUGGAACCAAUAAAAUUUUGGGAGUUCAUGUCACUUAUUCUUGUUGGGCUUGGGUUUGAAUGGUAUAUUCUUGAUUUUUGGUUUGUUUUCAAGUUUCUUGCAAAAACUUUGGAUGUUGUUCAAGACAUUGAUUGGGUCAUUUCUCUUGGAAAUGCUUUUGCAAAGCAGUAUGAGCUUUAUACAUAUGAUGAUGAGCAUUCUGCACUACUUCACAGAGUAUUCUUCUCCUACAAAUGUCUUGGUAUACUUCUUCAGAAAGUUGAUAACAUGACUUAUGUUCGUGAUAAAAUCGUCUGGAUGUACAAACAAGCAAAUAAUCUAGAUUUCAAAUUCUUGAAUUGUGACUCACCCCUGCAGCUUUCUGAAUGCAGGCUUAUUUUGGUGCUGGAUUAA